ACUUCAUUCGCUAGAUUAGCGAAAGCAUUUCUUUUUCAUUUUUCUUUUCCUUUUUCUUGCAUAUGGUCUAUGAUGAAACAGAGAACAAAGGAAACAAAGAUGAUCCAAUAAUUGUUGAAUUGUUCCUUUGAUAACGUUGCAUCAUCAAACCACUAAAAUUAUUGACUCAAAAAGGCUACUCCACUAUUUGGUAACGAGUUUUAGUUAUGAAACCACUUCUUUUUAAGUAAUGUGUAUUUGACACGGGACCUUUCUUUGCCACCAAGUUCUCUCUACAUUUCUUAUGUGCUUCUGUGCUUCUCAGAAUUCAUUUUCUGAUUUCACAAUGGAGAAAGCUCAAGAACAUGCUUUAGAUAUCAAAGGUACUGAAGAUAAAGAGUUCAUACGAUCAGGUUAUCACAAAGAAGACUUGCAUUUGAACGUCCCAAGCAUUAAGCAGUAUAUGUGGUGGCUUCAGGUGGGCAUUUACAUAGUUUUUGUUCUCUCCGGCCAGGCAAUUGGUGUUCUUUUAGGAAGACUGUACUUUGAUAAGGGCGGAAACAGCGAAUGGAUGGCAACAUUAGUGCAAAAUAUCGGCUUCCCCGUGCUCCUACCCCUCCUCCUUUCUUCGCCCUCAAAAACUAACACUUCCAAAUCUGAUAAUGACAAACAGCCUUCAGUCCUAGUUCUUGCUUCAAUUUACGUCUUUCUUGGUUUGCUUCUAGCUGCAGAGUGCAUGUUACACUCCAUCGGCCUUAAAUACCUUCCAGUCUCGACAUAUUCUCUCAUCUGCGCAAGCCAACUUGCGUUCGUUGCACUCUUUUCAUUUUUCCUCAACUCCCAGAAGCUUACUCCUUUUAUACUAAACUCUUUAGUACUGCUCACUAUUUCCUCCAUAAUCCUUGUAAUGCAGACAGAUGCAGAAGAAACUAACAAAACCUCCAAGAAAAAAUUUGCAGUCGGAGUGAUAUGCACCAUUGCUGGAUCUGCUUUGUGUGCCUUUAUGCUCUCAAUAACACAACUCAUCUUUCAGAAAGUUGUCAAACAAGAGACUUUCAAAGUGAUACUUGAUCUGUCAAUCUAUGAGUCGCUAGUUGCGACACUUGUCAUCACAGUGGGGCUCUUUGUUAGUGGCGAAUGGAAGAGCUUGAAGUCAGAAAUGGAAGAAUUCAAACUUGGGAAAGCCUCCUAUGUUAUGACCCUGAUCUGGACGGCGAUAUCAUGGCAAAUAUUUGAAAUUGGGUGCAAUGGACUGAUUUUCAAGGUUUCUUCCCUGUUCUCCAAUUCCAUUGGAGUUGUCGGGUUGCCGGUUCCUCCAGUUUUAGCUGUGAUAUUUUUCCAUGAUAAGAUCACUGGCGCCAAAGUAGUUUCCUUGUUUCUGGCCUUUUGGGGGUUUUCAUCUUAUGUGUACCAACAUUAUCUUGAUGAUCUGAAGUCCAAGAAUGAGGUAGGAGCUUCAAGUAGUGAAGUUGAUGAAGACAAUAAUGAGGUAAAAUAAAUGAGACUGGUAUUGCAAUUUGCAACGUCAACCAAGCUAGUUAAGAGUUCCUGGUUAAGAAACUUGUUCCCAUAAGGUUCAGCUUUUGGGAUAUCGACUCUAACAUAAAGUUCAAGUUCUUGUUUAGAUGAUUCAGACACUGAUGAAGUUCUUAAAAGCCUAUAAUAUUCAUAACCAACCAUUCCAUUUGGGUCUUCUACCCCAUCAAAGUGGCAGAUUUCAUAUGCCCUCUUGGAAACUGCUUAUGCAACCUCCUAUUAUUGUAUACUUUCUGUAGUCUGUCAAUCGACCUGUUCUUAAUAAUUUCUAAAUAUUAACAAGCCAACGAAUUUCUCUCCUAGUCACAUGAUCAAACUGGCACAAAACAGAGUACGCUUCAAAUCCAUAAGUAAUCUUUAGUUGAGGCAAUUUCAAAGUUCAUAAACUGGUUUAGCAAUUAAAUUGAUUCAACAUUUCUAAAGGUGCAGUUUAAGCCGCAAAAAUUCCUCAUAUUCAAUACAUCCUAACAAAACAGAGCAAAACCAAACAAAUAUAACGGAAAUUAAAAAAAAAACAAAAACAAAAACAAAAAAUUGAGCAGAGGACCGAAAAUUGCACCUUAUUAGAACAGAACAACCAGUUGAUGAUUCAAUUGGUCUUCGGAGUUAAAGCUACAACAAUCCACACAGACAUUCUGAUAUGAUCAAGACACAGAAUAAUUACAAAGACAAACGCUUUCGGGAGAGUGAAUUGAUCAAUUGUAGUAGAGCUCGAGGCCCAUGCCGUCGUGAAUUUCAUAGUCCUUAAGGGUGAUAUGAUCUUUGUAGACAUUGUACCACUUCUGGAUACGGAUCUUCUCGGCGCGAGUACCGGUCUGCGCCGCCACCAGCUUCUUCAGGUCUCCGAUGGUGUCAUCUUCGUUGCACUUCACCCGGACCUUCUUCCCCAGCCGAUCGUUCAGAACCACCUCGAUCAUCCUUCUUUCUUCGCUUCCUCCAAAACCCUAAUUCCAC